GCGUUUGUUUGACGUGACACUCCCCCCUUGUCGAUGGGAGGCCGACGUCACCCUGCCAGCGGAGGAGUGGUAUGGAAAGCCUCUGUAAUAAAAAUACAUGAAGAGAAUUGAGGAAAAGGAGAAGAUUGGCCGGGGAGAAAAAAGCAACAACACGGCGUUUAGUCCUUUCUUGUCACCCCGCUGGUGAGCCAUGGACGUGAACGCCUUUUAAAACAAACUGGGAUAUAUUUUUGGUCGCGGCAUCGACAGCUCCGGCAGAAAUGCCAUGUUAUGUGUGGCUUUCUUGUUUUUUUUAGCAAACAGAAAGAGAUAACUGUACUGUAUCCCAGCCUGGCGGAUUGGAGUGAAAGUCCGCCAUAUUCUGCUUUACCACGCCCGGGAGUCGAGCCAUUGGAAAAUAAACGGACAGCUUUAUGCAUGUGUUUUCCCCGUUGCUCUCACCCACGGACGAUAACUUGAGCACACUGGAUUUUGUUGAUUGAAAAAUAACAACAUUGAAGACUUUAAAGAGAGUGUGACCGGACACGGAUGGCAAUGCAUAACGAGAUAACGCAGAGCAGUGCUACGGAGGAUGUGUCUUAAAAUGAUCUGUUGAUCAUAUUGAGAAAGAAAAACAGAUUACGCCAAUUAAGAUUGCACAGAUAUUCAACUCAAACCGCUUUGGACUCAAUUUUGAAGCUUACGGGAAGCUCAGAAAGCGAACCCAAACUGGGGGAGGGUGGCUCAAUAAUUUCUAAUAUAUAAAAAAAAAAAAAAAUCUUUCCACCACAAUCUGUGUGCUGUUUCACCUCAUUAUAAGGGCGUCCACGCGUUAUUUCACCACACGUAGGCCUGUAUGAAGACGUUAUUUGGGGAUCACAGGCCUCUGUUUUUUUAAGGGUUUUUUUACCCUCUGAAAUCUGAAUGAAUCAGUAAGAGGGAAAAGUGCGCGUUUAAAAAAAGGAGAGAGAAUGACCCUGGAAUCCAUAAUGGCGUGUUGCCUCAGCGAGGAGGCGAAAGAAGCCAGGCGGAUCAACGACGAGAUCGAAAGGCAGCUCCGCCGGGAUAAGAGGGACGCACGCCGGGAACUGAAACUGUUGCUUCUCGGCACUGGGGAAAGUGGGAAGAGCACAUUCAUCAAGCAGAUGAGGAUUAUCCACGGCACCGGUUAUUCUGACGAGGACAAAAGAGGUUUCACCAAACUGGUCUAUCAGAACAUCUUCACAGCCAUGCAGGCCAUGAUCCGAGCCUCAGAGACGCUCAAGGUCCCCUACACAUAUGAGCUCAACAAGGGAAACGCCAACAUUGUGAGAGAGGUGGACGUAGAAAAGGUCACCAUGUUCGAGAAUCCUUACAUAGAUGCAAUCAAGAGCUUGUGGAAUGACCCGGGCAUCCAGGAGUGCUACGAUCGAAGGAGGGAAUACCAACUCUCAGACUCCACUAAAUAUUACCUGAAUGCGGUGGACCGGAUCUCCCUGCCAGCCUACCUUCCCACCCAGCAGGACGUGUUGAGGGUCCGAGUCCCCACCACGGGAAUCAUUGAAUACCCGUUUGACCUGCAGAGUGUCAUAUUCAGGAUGGUGGAUGUUGGAGGUCAGAGGUCGGAGAGGAGGAAGUGGAUCCACUGCUUUGAGAACGUCACAUCCAUCAUGUUCCUGGUAGCGCUCAGCGAGUACGACCAAGUCUUGGUGGAAUCAGACAAUGAGAACCGGAUGGAGGAGAGUAAAGCUUUGUUUAGGACAAUAAUUACAUACCCCUGGUUCCAAAACUCCUCAGUUAUUCUCUUCCUCAACAAGAAGGACCUGUUGGAGGAGAAGAUCAUGUACUCUCAUCUGGUUGACUACUUCCCAGAGUAUGACGGUCCCCAGAGGGAUGGCCAAGCAGGUCGAGAGUUUAUCCUCAAGAUGUUUGUGGACCUGAAUCCAGACAGCGAUAAAAUCAUCUACUCACACUUCACCUGUGCCACUGACACCGAGAACAUCCGGUUCGUCUUUGCCGCCGUCAAAGACACCAUCUUGCAGCUCAAUCUAAAGGAGUACAACCUGGUGUAGAGCGGAGCAGGGCUGCCAGCAGGAGGCCCUCAACACACACUGACUGACGCAAUCUGUGAAAAUAGAGAUUAUAUACACACACAUGAAAAGAAAAUCAGAGAGAAAAAAAAUCUAAUGGUUGCAUAAUACUAAUUUAUUUGCCAUUUGUCGAUCUCUUGGUCCCCAAGGGGUGAGCAAAGUCAAUGUUAUCUUGCUAUUUAAGGAGCUGAUGAAAUACAGGGAGCGGGGCAAGACAUUUGGAAGGGUUUGGGAAUUGCUGUUAUUGAAUAUGUACAUCAACGAUCCUCAUUUCUAGGCUUUGCGCAUUAUGAUGCUUUUGUUUUUUUGUUUUAUGUCUUGACAGAAAGAAAGAAACUACUUUGUGCACUCGAGGUUUGGGGCUUGUUUUGUCUGUCAGUCUGAAACAUCUGAGCUUGAACGAAUUCAAUGCGCUCCCUGCCUCUUGCCUUUUUAUAACCAAGAAAAAAAAAAAAAAAGGUUUUCAUUCCUUUUUUUAUACCCUCUCUCCUUACCUGUCGGUUCAUUCUGAAGCGUAACCCAGGACGUUUACCUGUUUGCCCAACAGGACAUGAUGCAACAGAUCUCUACUUGACAGAUUUCAUUUCCCUCCUAAGAGCUGAUUGGCAAUUUGUCUUGAUAAGUAGGCUUAAACUGUGAUUUUUAAUUAUUCCAUAUUGAUUGAAUCAUUAUUCUUUCAUUAUCAUUAUUAUUAUUACAUUGACUUCGGUACCAUCCGAUGAGUAGAGCGCAGUACAUUCCCCACAUUAUGGGGGUAAAUGGGCCGAGUCUCGACAUGAGUUCUCCAGCAUCAACGUAACCAUGAAGUUCAGAAGUUUGAGAGAAAACGGCUUUAAAAUGUGUUCUGAGCUUUGAGCGAGCAGGCGAGGAGGCACACAGGAACCUCUGCUCAUGUCAUGUCAUGAAAAGCAUGACGGCCAACGCUGGUUGCUCUACGCAGACUGAAAAGGAAGUCGAGGAGGUGAUCAUUUAUGAGACAAUGUUGUUAAAUCAUCAUGUUCAACUGUGCCACAUUAACGCUUUUUAUUAAGGUAAUAUGUAUAUUUAUUACCAAUGCCAAAACAACUCAAGCACCCGACUUUGUGCUGUUUACUACUUAAAUGAAGUGUUGAGGACAGGAAAAGAGCAGCGCUGAUGAACGCAGACUUUACUGACUGACUUAUUGAACGACCAAAUGAUUCCUGCAAGUAUUCAACAAAGUCAAUGGUACAAACCGCUCCACCGGGCCUACACAAUAUCCAGUCACACUUUAGCUGUGUCUUAAUACUCGUCAAAUCACAGCCCGGCUGUCUUGACUGUUGUAGUUCAACUGCAAUGGAGAAUACAUUUGGCUAAUUCCUAUGUCAAAAGGGCACAAUGUUGAUGUUCACUUUGUACCAAAUGAAGCUCUUCUUCUUUCUGAUUCUGAUUCGCAAUUCCUUCUUUCUCAAGUUACUUUAAGUGUUUUUUGUAACAAUUCCCUAGAAGCCUGCAAUUUACAUUUAUUGAGGCAUAGUGCAAUUAUGAAUGCUAUAAUCAUUGUACAUACAUCUCUCUCUCUCUCUCUAUAUAUAUAU